CAAUUGCUAGGAUUUGAAGACAACGAGUUAGAUUGUAACAUCAUCUCCUCCUCCUCUCCACUGCUGUUUUCGCAAAUUCACCAGGAUUUGAAAUAUUGCUUUCUCCUAUUCUCUCUUGCUAACUUACCACUCCCUUCCUAUACAGUGAACAAUGCAGGAUUUGGCCUGAUUGGUCCAGUGGAAAGCCAGAGCAUGGCCUCAAUCCAACACCUCUUCGACACCAACUUCUUUGGCUUGGUGCGCCUUAUCCAGGAAAUCUUCCCUGACAUGAAGCGGCGAAAGAGAGGGCAUAUUGUUGUGAUGAGCAGCGUCCUAGGUUUGCAAGGUCUCCUCUUCAAUGAUAUCUACUCUGCCUCCAAAUUUGCCGUGGAGGGUUUCUGCGAGAGCUUAGCCCUGCAGGCCCUAAAAUUUGGGAUCAG